AUGAUUGUUAGUGGUCGAUUAGGACAAGCAAUAGUCCCUUCUAUUCACAAAGUUCGACAAGUUAUAUCAAUCUUUGUGUAUUGCAUAGAUAAGGAAAGGAACAAACAAUGGGCUGUCAAUUUUCCAAAAGUAAAAGCUGUUAUUGUUGAACUCGAUGAACUAGUAUCUCGAAUUAAAGAUGAUUACAAAAUUCAAAAGAUUGUAGAAGAACCAUUGUCAAUUAAUACUUUCACUACAGGUUCUGGUGCUGGUAAAUCAACAAGCAAUGUAAAUGGUAAAUUCGUUUUUUCACAAGUUCUUAUUGAUUGUCUUUUACGACUUAAAUCCACUCAAACAGAUAUCAAAGAACUUAUUAAGAUUUGUAAAAGUGCAUAUGAAGGUAAUGAUAAAGAGUUAAGCAAUCUUCGCGAAUUUCGAAAGAAUUAUUCACCGGAAGAAGUAUUAAAGUGGUACACACGAGAAUCAUUCUUUUACAAGACUCUUAAUACAGUUUUACGCACUGAAAAUAUUCAUAUGAUUUUUUUAUUUCGUGCAUUUAUCUCUGAUAUUCAACGUCAAUUGAAAAAUCAUCAAACUAACAAUCCUCUACGAGUAUAUCGAGGACAAAAGAUAUUAGCCGAUGAACUGAAAAGUUUAAAACAAUGCUGUGGCCAGUUUAUUUCAGUAAAUUCAUUUUUUUCCACCAGUACUGAUGAUCGGGCAGCUGUUAAAUUUCUUAGUGGUUCUAGUGCUACAGAGAAUUUAGAGUCAGUAUUGUUUGAAAUCGUUGCUGAUCCUAAGAUGGCAACUACGAAACCAUUUGCUGAUAUUAGCAAAUUCAGUGAAUAUCCUGACGAGUCAGAAAUACUUUUUACGCUUGGUUCUAUUUUUCGUUUGGACAGCGUCAAUCGCAGCAGUGAUGAUCAAAUAUGGAUUAUCCAAAUGACUUUAUGCAGUGAGAAAGAGCAUGAUUUAAAAGAUGUUCUCAUUUAUAUGAAACAACAACUUGGAAAUGAAGAAGCAAGUCUUCGAACAUUAGGAAAAAUAUUAUCGAAGAUGGGAAAAUUUGAUUUAGCCGAACAAUACUUUACACGCUUAUUAAACGAAAUUUCACCGAAUGAUCCUUUAAUUUUUGAAUUGUAUAAAGAUCUUGGUGACCUAGCAUCACUAACCCAUGACUACGAGAAGAGCAUUGAAUGGCAUAAAAAAGCAAUCACACUCAAAAAUUCUAUUGAUCAAAAUGAAUGUUGUGUUAUGCAAAUUGGAGUUGUAAAAAUUCAUAAUCGAUUUUUUUUAAAAAAAGUCUUGUUAUUGGUUAUUAAAGCAACCAUGCCAGAUGUCGGAAAUAGUUGA